GAAGAAACCAGGAAGAGAGAGAAGAAAGGAGGUCAAGGAACAGUGAGGGGGAAUGGGAGGGGAUAGAGGAGGGUAUGGGCGUAUGGCUCCAGGUGGAGAAGGGUGAAUAGUCUCGAUUAAAAAAAAGGUGGGGGAGACGGGUUGAUGGAAGCGGAAAAGUGGGGAGCAGCAGUAGAUGAAGGGAGUAGAGGCGGUGGAAAGGAGUCGUCUUUGGGCCGAAAGCUGAGGCAAGGGAUAUCCGUGGGCAAAAGGGGCGGCCCCUCUACCCCGGUGCCCUCCUGGAAGCUGGAGGAUUCCCCCGGCCCUUCGGACCCCGGCGGCCUUGACAGGGCCCAGAGGAGGAGGAGCUCCGUCUCUGCCCGAAAGCUCGGGGCCAAUCUCUGGGAGAUACAGGACCUUUUGGAUUACCCCAGGAUGAGCCGGAGGAGCGCCAGGACGCGCCGCCGCAAGGAAGGGAGGGGCAUCGAUGAUGUUCUUGGCGAGUGGCCGCUCGGUCCCAAAGAUCGACCUCUAACUUCUGGUAGUUUAAGGAGGCAUGUUGCAGCUUCACCGAUCCAACAACAUAAGUUGAGCGAAAGGCAUAGUCAUGCUCCCCAACCUGUAUCUCCCACUAGUUAUAGCAGCUCAAUGGAGGUUGCAGCUUUUAACCAAGCUAUCACUCCUAGCAGUUCUUUAGAUCUUAAGGGAAAGCUCAGUGAGGCAGGAUAUAGCCUUAAAACAUCAACUGAAUUAUUGAAAGUUCUGAAUAGGAUUUGGAGCCUGGAAGAACAACAUGCAUCCAAUGCAUCGUUGGUAAAACAAUUGAAGAUGGAGCUAGAGCAUGCACGGGCAUGUAUUCAGGAGUUGAUGCAAGAGAAGCAAGCAUAUCGUCACGAAAUGGAUGAUUUGGUGAAACAAGUUUCUCAGGCCAAACUGGUCCGGAAGAACAAGGAGCAGGAAAGGAUCAAAGCAGCUGUGCAGUCCAUAAGGGAUGAGCUUGAAGAUGAGAGAAGGUUGAGAAGACGUUCCGAAAGUCUGCAUCGAAAACUAGGCAAAGAGUUGUCUGAAGUGAAAGCAGCAUUCUUGAAGGCAGUGAAGGAUCUGGAGAGAGAGAAAAAAGCAAAUAGCCUUUUGGAGGACCUUUGCGAUGAGUUUGCAAAGGGAAUUAGGGAUUAUGAACAGGAAGUCAGGGAGUUGAGACAGAAGUCUGUGAAAGGUUGUGAUCAUAAAGUUGAUCGGAUGGUACUUCAUAUUUCAGAAGCAUGGCUGGAUGAGCGGAUGCAGAUGAAGAUUGCUAAAUCUAGGGGAGAUUUGGCCGAAAAAAGCACAGUUACAGACAGGUUAAAUGGUGAAAUUGAAUCUUUCCUUCAAGCUAGACAAUCCAAUAGCUAUAAGAAUGACGGUGUGUACCAGAAAGAUGGAAAUUUGCGUCGCCAAUCCCUGGAGUCUGUCCACUUGAAUGGGGCUGCCAGUGCACCUCGAGAUGCCGAAGAUGAUGAUUCUGUAGCAAGUGACUUGCAUUGUUUUGAGCUUAACAUGGUUGGCGGUGAUAGUGAAAUCUACGACCAGUUAAAAUCUCAUGGUAGAAGUAGCAUUGAAAAACUGGAGUCAGCAAGAAAAUCUAACUUCACAGGGAAGAAGGUGGGAUAUUCUGAAAAUUUCAAGGGUCAGAAUGUUUCUGGCUUGCAAGCACAAUUCAAGGAACAGAUGGAUAAGAUGAAGCUGUGUGGAAAUGAACAGCUUGUGGAUAGAGUACAGGUCAUACACUUGCAGACUGAUGAAGAAACUGGAGGUGUGGAAGCAGAUCACAUUGGGCGUGUUAUUUCACAGAAAUCCGAUAAUCAUCAUGUUCCAGAAGUUGGGCAGGGCAUAGAUCUGAAGUGGGAUAGCAGGCAGGGAUCAGACCAUCUGAUCGAUAAUGCGGUCAAAAAUCAGUCAGAAAUUUGCGAGGUUGAUCAAGAUAAUUAUCAUGGGGAACAGUCCCAAGAUCAAUUUUCAUGGAGGGGUCACUUUGUUUUAGUUGGUGAUAACACUGCUUCAGGAGAUUUCCACAAUCUAGCCAGUCCAGCGCGGCAGUGGAACUACCUGCAUACGUCUCCUGAUAUUGAGAUAUCUGAAUGCUCAUCAAAAUUACCAUCUGGGGUAAAAGAGAACACUUUAAAGGAAAAAUUACUUGAAGCAAGGCUAGAGGGACAGCAUGCUCGUUUAAAAGCUUCAAAAGGUCCAGCCACAGGCAGAAUGCGACAAUGAAUGGGCAAGCUAAUGCAGUGUCAUUGACCAAGAUGCCAGCAUGCUUUGAAUCUUUGGUUGUUUAGACACUGUAAAAGGUAUUUUCUGGAGUGAAAGAUGAUGUCCAAUUUUGGGGAUUUACUUUCUGUAUAUCAUGAGUUAUAAAGUUGUGAAUGACUAAGCACUAGCUUUUUAUUGUCCAUAUUGAUUUUAGCAGUUCAUUGUACUCUCUAGAAGAUGACUUAAAUGCUGUUUUUGACUAUAACUUCCAUUAUAUUGAUGCUGUAUCUAAUGCUUAAAUGUUCUAUUUGAUCAA